AUGGGCGACGUUGCAGCAGAGGACGCACCCCAACCGAAGGAGUUUACCGUCCACGGCACUGCCUAUGUCUCGGGCAGCGCCUCAGGCGAGGUGCUCGCCAGCCAUAAAGAAUUAAGCUUUUGGGGCGGUGUCGAUCCGCUGACUGGCGAGGUCAUUGACCGCCAUCAUCCGUUGAGUGGGAGCUGCCUCAAGGACAAAGUCCUGGUCAUCCCUGGCGGCAGGGGAUCGUGCUCCGGCAGCGGUGUCAUGCUGGAGCUGCUCCUCAAUGGCACCGGCCCCAGCGCUGUCUUGUUCGAGCGAAGGGAAGACAUCUUGACCCUCGGUGUCGUCGUUGCCGACGAGCUUUUCGCCAAGUCCAUUCCCGUGGUUACUUUGGGCUCGAAGCACUUUCGGGAGCUUCUGAGCGCUCGCCACCUCUAUAUCCAUGACAACCGCGUCUCUGUCACGGAUCACAGUUCGACUCGGGCUGAGGGGUGGCAUGCGGACGACACUGCGGCCAAGCGGGCAUCAUUCGCUAGCAUCGUCAGUCUCUCUCCCGCCGACCACGCCUUCCUUUCCGGCUCCCGCGGCCCAGCCGCGCGCACAGCCAUGCGCAUCAUCGUGCGCAUGGCCGCUCUGCAAGGCGCCUCAGAGCUUCUCGACGUGACACAAGUCCACAUUGAUGGCUGCGUCUACACCGGACCCGCCUCUCUCGCCUUUGCCUCGAGACUGCGCGACGCCGGCGGGAGGGUAGUGGUGCCAACCACGCUCAACUCCAUCUCUGUCGACCAGCGGCGGUGGCGGCACGAGCACGGCGUCGAUGCAGUCGCGCUGGGCGAGCCAUCUGAGCGCCUCGCUGCCGCCUACACGGACAUGGGCGCUGCGCCGACCUUCACAUGCGCGCCGUACAACUUGGGAACUGCUCCACGGCGCGGCGAGCAGGUGGCCUGGGCCGAGUCCAACGCCGUCGUCUACGCCAACAGCGUGCUUGGCGCCCGCACCAUGAAGUACCCAGACUUCCUCGACCUCGCCGUCGCGCUGACGGGCCGCGCGCCCUGCGCCGGGCCGCACGUCGAGUCCAAUCGCCUAGCUACGGUCUGUAUCAGACUCCCAAAUGCUCUUCUUCACGUGGACGACUCGUUUUACCCUGCCCUGGGAUACUGCGUGGGAGGCGUCGCGGCAAACCGCAUCCCCGUCAUCCUCGGCCUUGCGGAGGAUGGGCACCUACCGCCCUCCACUGACGAUUUGAAAGCCUUCGGCGCCGCGUUCGCCACCUUGUCGAGCGCGCCCAUGUUUCACAUGGUCGGCGUGACUCCCGAGGCGGCGACGCUGGAGGAUGCGGUUGGCGGCGAGGGUAAUGACGUCCCCGUCGUCGACUUGGACAUGAAGGAUCUCGCAUGCGCUUGGGACACGUUGAACAGCGCGGACCGAAACGCCCGUCGACCGAUCGACCUGGUGUCGUUGGGGAACCCGCACUUCUCGCUCUCCGAGAUCAGGAAGCUCGCGGCGCUCUGUCGCGGCCGGCGGAAGGACGGGAGAGUUGCUGUCAUCGUGACGUGUGGCCGCAGCACCCACGGGCUGGCCACCCAAGCCGGCCUGGUGGCGGAGCUGGAGGCGUUUGGCGUGCAGUUCGUGACGGAUACGUGCUGGUGCAUGAUUCGAGAGCCCAUUGUCCCCCGUCCGGCGAAGACCAUCAUGACCAACUCUGCCAAGUACGCUCAUUAUGGGCCGGGGCUCACGGGGAGACGCUUCUGUUUUGGCAGUCUUGCUAGCUGUGUCGAGGCUGCGUGUGAGGGCGUUCAUAGUGUAGAGCACCCACGUUGGCUUGGUUCACUUGCUUAG